AUGUUUAUUUUAUUUAUAUCUAAAAUCAUUAUAAAUAUUUAUUUUUAUAUUUAUUUUUAAAUAUAAUAAUUUUUUAUUAUUUAUAUUUUUUAAUUUUAUAAUUGUUAUUUUAUUAAUUAUUCAAUUUUUUAUAUAUAAAUAUUAUUUCAUUUUUUUAUAAAAAUAUUAUUUUUAAUUAAAACUUUGCAAUCUAAAUAUUUUAUAUAUAUUUUUAUAAAACUUUACUUUAUAUAAAAAAUAUAUAUUUUAUAAAAAAUAAAAUUAAAUUUAUUUUUAAUUUAUAAAUUUAAUUCUAUUUUUAUAUAUAAUAUAAUUAUUUUUAAUAUAAUUAAAAUUAAAAAAAAGGUUAAAAAACAAUAAAAUCUUAAAUUUUAUAAAAAGAAAAAAAAAUUAUAAAUGGAAGAAGUUUAAUAUAUAAUAGGAGCAAUUAAAAUAAAAGACGGUUUAUUUAUUGGAGAUUAAGAAUCAAUAAGUGAUUUAGAAUUUAUUUUAUCAAAUAAAGUAACCCAUAUAAUUAAUACAUCAGGUAAAUAAAUUCCAAAUACAUGGGAAAACAUCGGAAUUUAAUAUUUAACAUUAUUUUGGAAAGAAUCAGAUAAGCAAGUAAAUAAUUACAUAAAAAAAAUAUAAUAAAAAAAGAUACUUUUUGAUUCAAAUUAAAAAACAGCAAGAUAAAUUCUUGAAUUUAUUGAAAAAGCAAAUAAAUAAGGAGAUUCGUGUUUAGUUCAUAGUGUUAGGGGAUAAAGUAGGGCCUGUUGUGCAUUAACAGUAUAUUUUAUGUUAAAAUAUAAAUGGACAUUGUUUAAAACGUUAGAUUAUUUAAACUCUAGACGUCCUGAUUUGGAAAUUAGAGCUACUUUUUUUCAUUAACUUUAAGAAUUUGAAGCACAAAUAAUUUAAAGUGGUUUAGGGAAGUUCAGUGGGAAUUGGAAUCAGGAAGAAUUGAUUGAACAUUUCGAGAACGAAGAGGACUAUAAAGAUGCAAUUUUAUUACGGAAUACUUAUUUAAAUUCUAAGAAUAUUAAUUUAACGAAUAAUUUUAAUUUAUAUAAUGCCGUAUAAAAUUAGAAACAAAAAAAAAUAAAAAAAUUUUUUGGUAGGACGAAGUUUUGUUUUAAAAAAAAUAAAAUAAAACUGUAAGAAAAGCAUCACCAGCUCCAUAAAAAAGAAAUUUUAAAUAAAAAAAUCAAAUUUAAUUUGAUUCUAUAUUAAAAGGUUCAAAUAAAGUUUUUAAUAAAAAUAAUGGGUAAUAAAUAAUUAUAAAUGAUAAAUAAUAAAAAUUAAGUAUAGAAAAUAGAGAUGAACUUAAUAAAAGCGAGAUUGAAAAUUAGCGAUUAUAAUAAUUAUAGUAAUAAUAAUAAUAAUAAUAAUAAUAAUAUUAAUAAUAAUAAUAAUAAUAAUAAGUUAAAAUUAAUUAAAUUAAUGGAAAUAUUAUUAAUUUGA